AUGCUUCUGGGGAAAGAGGAGGGCGGACAAAAAUAUGGAUCCAAUCUUCAUCGGGAUUCUCAGGAAAAUAAACAGAAAUAUCAUUCUCUGGUUGUACUGUAUACGUCUUCUUUCUCCACUGAUUGGGCAAAUUUGUUGAAGAUGGGGGAGAUGGGGUGCCAACACGUUUCUAGCUCUAGUUUCGAGAUCAGAGACCUUAAGAUUCUUGGAAAUUUCGAUUACAAAAAUUACAUUCCUAUGUUGACUGUUGCGGAAACGAAGGUUGAUGCAGAUAAUAUCAUCAUUAUUGGUGUCAGUCAUGUUGCGUGUUCUGUUAAGAGAAAAGAUCCAUAA